GUUUUGUCACGUUUAUUCUUCUAUUUUUAUUGUUAUUGCACUUGGAUAUUGCGUCAUUACACGACAUUCCGGCUUGUGUGAUACGAAUGUUUUUUUUUUGAAAAAAAAGUUUUACUCACUGCUUUGUAUGAAACUCAAUAAAUCUUGAGAGUUGCUAACUGCAGUGUGAGAAACAAACUAUAAUUUCAACCAAUUGACUCCCCCACCUCUCGAAACUCAAGAAAUUAUUAGGGGAGACCGGGGCUAGACCAGACACGGGGAUAAUCCGGAAAGCCAACAAUGACUAACGGUUGAAAUAGUUUCGAGUUCAGUUUAAAAAUUUUCCACGUUUUUGGUUUCGCCGCUUGAAUAACGCUAUACAUUUUUUAAUGCUCUUCUCCUCGUAAUUCCUAAAGCUUUGUAUGGGAUCGUAUGACCUUUAAUAAUUUAAGACCUAAGAUUGUGAAAAUCGGUCACGUUCUUUUCUGAAGAAAAGUGUAUAAGUAAUCAGCUUAGGUGUUGGUUUUCGUUUUCUUGAUAGCCUGUAGGAAAUUGAAACAAAGCCUGCUCUGUGCAUUGAUUGUAAAAGCGAGUUGUGUUUUCUCUUCCGUGCCUGCUCGUGCCGAUGCGUACCGGUUUUGUAUCGUCAUUUUAUAUGGCGGCUUGAAAGCUUUGACACUCAUCGCCCUGUAAUUGCGGAAGUCAGGUCCGGAUAAAAUUUGAACUGUGAUUCUUCAUGCUCGAAGAAAAAUGUGUUAAAUUUCAAUUUAAUUUCAGAUCAUCGUACACAGCCAGUUCCGGAUGUCAUCAAAUCUACUGAUUCAACUGGCCGAGAUUCGAGAAAUGAUUCGGAACCAAUGAGCAAAAGCGAGGCGAUCGACGGGCCGUCUUCGAUCGACGAAACGAGUACGGAGGAUGAGAUAAAUGUUUCAAAUGAAACUGAACAUUCGUCUGAAGAACUAUUCGAUGCUAGUACCCCGAGCAACGUGGGAAAUGAAAUCGAGACACCAAAACAGAAUGUAGAUUCGGCUACAUUCAAUUCAACGAUCUACAACAAUGUUCAUGAUAAUGAUGUUUCCAACAGAACGAACAACUUCCAGUUUGACAGGUUCAGCUCAGUCAAUGGAUCAGGCCGUGAAGAGCAACGUACACCCCCUGAAAGUGUAUACGAUAUCAAGACCGAUGACGAGCAGGAUGAAUUCCACGAGAAAGGACCCGAGGAUUUGGAUUUUAUGGACGAAAGCAAUUGUUGUGAUGAAAACACUGGGCCCUGUGGACACACCGACCCGUUGCCAGAGAGUGAGGUUACCGAAAAUAACAACACUAUGGAUAGCGCGAUUGUUUCAAAUGAAACUGGCAACACAGUUUCAACACCUGCACCACCACCACGGCCCAACAAAAAAAUACGCAAAUCAAAAGGAAAAAAGUCUAAAAAAGAAGAGGAGAAAAAUCACUCGAAACAAACAGAACAUUUCGAAUCCAGUGCGACGAUAAACCCUUCAGCUAGAACCAACCGAAUUAGGAUGGAAGAUGACGAAACCUAUGGUCACGUUGUGCCUAGUAGAUCGAGUAAAAACAAUAUCGAUCCCAAUCCGAAGGCUCCGGUAAGUUCCGGUGAUGAAAUGCAUUCUGCAACCGAGGACGACAUCGGACAAGAAAAGGAAAUACCAACCGUAUUGGAAGCAGCCGGAAAAUUUUCCUCGGGUUUAGAACAAAUUAAAUUCAAACCUCACUUGCCAAUGACAGGAGUUGAUCAGCUUGAAUUUUCCGCACUGAUCAAAUACGAAGAUAUCAUGAUCAAACUUUACAACGGAGGCAGUUUGAUGCUGGCGGAUAAUGAUUUUCUGGCGAAAGUGAGCUUCACCUCUCCACGGGCACUGAGGGAAACGACCAACUUCUACCAGGCGAAGCAGGUUUUACUGCAACAGCUUCGGAUUGAAAAAGUGCUGCAGGAUGAUUUGUCGGCUGAUUGUUCGUCCAAAGAUCCAUUGAUCGCGGGUGUCAAAGAUGAACUGAAGAAAAAACCCACAACUGAUGACCAAUUUGUCACAAAUUGUAUUCAGUUGCAUUUUAUUUUGACAGAGAUCCAGGCCAAUCCAACUUGUGGGGCAUUGUGCAGUGCAAUUAUUAAAAAUCCACUAAUUUCGGACGGAUUGAAGCAGUCCGCUGCAAAGUCGAACGAAUUAGUAGAACGAGUUCUAGCCAGAAAUCGAACAUUGGCUCGGUUCGGAUUCCGGCUUUCGAAUCAAACUGAUCCCAGCCUGUUCGAGACUAUCACACAAAUGCUAACGUCAACUUACUCGAAAUACAAGAAAUUGAUCCUGAAAAAAGCACCGGCAAAUUUACGGUGCGCUAUCGAGCAGUUGAAUGAGUUUGAGAUACUACUUGUGCGGGGCAACGAUUUGAAAAUGUUCGCCGAUUUAGACGGAGCUCUGAACAAAGACGUUUUUCGGAAACCUUUAGCCGAUCUAGCCGAGCGAUGGAUCGCCAAUAUCAAGUCGACCGCCAAUGUUAGGAACUCCGGAAAGCUAGUGGACCAAUUCGAGCCGGUUUAUUACUUCCUGUGCAAGAGUUUGAAUGAGCUAAUUGUGGAGGUUAGUGAGAAAAGCGAUCAUAAACCAGUGGAUCUGCUGACUAGCAACAACAGCGCCGGGUGGCUUCCAAUCAAGAAGAUCAACUGGAAGUCGGAAAAUUCUUUGACAAAGUGUCUCGAACGGGAAUACUUUUUCAUGUUCAAAUUGCUAAAACAUUUUAAUCAAUGUCCCAGUGGCAGUCGAAGACAGUUUGAGUAUGAAAUGAAACUGUUGAAUGGAUUUUCAAAAAAAAAACGGUUGGACAAAGUUUGUGACCGGCACGAAAAACCUUCUUGGAAUUCAAAAAUCUCCAGAGAACUUUCCUAACAUUGCUGAUGAAUUCUACGUUUGGGGCUGUUUGCUAGAUGAUGUGCUAGCUCAUGUACUUUCACCAGAAUGUAAUUUGGGAAAUUUUGCAACCGUUCUUCAAGGUUACCUGGACUUCCUUGGCAAGGUGAGUCACGAUCAGAUGGAAAG